GGCACACAUGAAAAUUUUGUGCAAACAUAUGAUACGGCCAUUAGAUACACACUGAUAAGAAGCUGCUGUUCCUGUUUUAACCAAGUGCUUAGUGGUGGGCAGAGACUGGACAGACGGGCAUCAGGGCCAAGUCACAAAUGGCUACAUUAAUGUUACAGCUAGUGGGAUUCAUGUUGUCUAUACUGGGGACAUUUCUGAUCAGCUCUGCAACAGCUUUGGACAUGUGGACUAUUGAAGACCGUGCAUUUACUCUAGUAACCAGUGUUUAUGCAUACCAUGGACUGUGGAAUUCAUGUGUGGGGACAGAGUAUGGUACCACUCAAUGUCGGCCAUAUUUUACUAUUUUGGGGUUGCCCGGCCUCUUCCAAGGGGUGAGAGCGCUCAUGAUUGUGGCCAUCGUUCUCGGGGUUAUCGGAGCCCUCAUUGCCAUUUUUGCCCUUAAGUGCCUCAGAAUGGGCAACAUGGAGGACCGUGUGAAAGCGACCAUGACGCUGACUUCAGGGGUCAUGUUUGUUAUUGCUGGGGUUUGUGGCAUUGCUGGAGUUUCCAUCUUUGCGAAUUUGAUCGUGACCAACUUUGCGCUCACUACCUUUACCUCACCUAAUGGGUUGGGUCUAGUUGGCUCUGGUCUCGUUGGCUCACCUCUUACUCCAAGAUACACAUUCGGCUCGGCCCUAUUUGUUGGUUGGAUCGGAGGAGGUGUUCUGUUUGUCGGUGGAAUUAUGCUGUGUUUGGCCUGUCGUGGACUGAUGCCUGAGAAACGCUAUGAAGGAACGGCAUACAAACCUGCUAGCCAGAGUGCUAUCUACAGAUCAGAAGGCUACAACAAGCCUUAUCCCAACAGCUCCUACAAGGCACACAGCAUGGAAGGCAGACAAUCUAACCAAAGAUUUGACUAUGUGUGAAAGUUGCUAAAGGGCUUGCUGGAUUGAUGACCAUGGGAUAUUUAUACUACUGGUGUAAAGAGAAACAGAAGCGACACAAUGACGCAGCAGUAUGCCUGUAAUUGUAAUAGCAUAUACAAUAUGUAGCCCAUAACAAUUGUGUAACAUUUAUAUAUUUACUGUAUAAAACAUCCAUAAACAUAAUAAUAAAGUUUGUAGUAGAGUUAAACCCCUGGUUGAAAAAAAUAUUUUGGUUUUAUAGACUGAAGUUUACUCAGUACCCAGGUCUAAUUAGAAAAACGUUUCCUCAUCCUUUUUUUUGUAAAGAGUGUAUUUUCUACUGUUCGCUCUAGUUGUGUUUCUGGGUUAUUAGAAAUUUCUGUUUUAGUAGGUUUUAUUUUAGUUUAUGAUAUGUCAGUUAUUUUUCUGUUUAAAUGUGAGUUUUAUUCUAGCCAGUGAUUUUUGACAGGAAUGAAAUCAUGCAACAUAUACUGUAGCAACACAUAAGUACAGAAGUGCAUUAUUUAACCUGACUAAAAAUUAUGGCUUUUCAGGUUUGGGCCAAAUGUGUCCUCUGUAUGUUUUGGUUUAAAUCAUUGUUGAGAUACUACUGUGCUCUGGCCUUUAGACUAGGAUUAUCAUAUUUUUAUCAUUCUAUAGGGACAUGUGGGACAGGCCAGCUCUUUGCUUAUUUUCUAUUUGAGAGUUUGAUAUCUACAAUCUUAUUUACUAUGUUUAAACUAAGUAACAUUUUCUGUUAGUAAAAUAAAACUAUACAAUUCCAUAUACAACAUUCUUUUUACAUUUGUUUUACAUUUUAUCUUCUGCAGCUAUGCG